AAAAUAUUCAGUCGAUGCUCUUAUAUGAAUGAAUGUUUAGAUAUUGUCACACACACACACACAUGUAUCUAUCAAUUACUCCAAAUUUGAUUAUUUAGUAUCAAAAACUUAAAGAGGAAAAGUUUAAAAAUAUUAUAUAUAAAUCAUACAUAAAAUAAGUACAAAAACAUGAGUGAGGUUAAGAAUAAGUGACUUUAAAUUGAGGAUUGAAUAAGAAUGUGUCAAUAUAAUAUGUAUAAAAUGAAAGAACAAUUCUUGCAAAACCGAAAUAAUCCUUAAAUUAAAAAAAAAAAUAAAGAAAGUUAUCUAAUAUGAUUGAUGUAGAUGUGGACAUGUUUUAUAUUGUACCACCCAAUGGAGAAGUACCACUUUAUAUUUUGGAAGACUGUAUCUUGACUAGAUUGGAUUAUUUAAGACGUCUUUAUGAAGGAUCUACCAAUGAAUUUGAUGGAAAUUUUGAGUACUUAUUAGAAAACUCUACUUAUGACAAAACUGGACAUUUUAUGUUACGAUUAUUAGCUAGUACAUCAUCGGAUUUAUGCACAUAUUGGAUAACUAAAGAAUCAUUAUUAUUUGGACAUAGAUUAAAUAAUAUAUCACCUAGACAGCUACAUAGAUUAUUCAAACAAAUUAUAUGGAAAAUGCAAAUAUUUAAAGAUAAGAAGAAUGCAACUGAUAUGACUUUGAUUGAAUUGUGCAAAUUCUACUCGCAACCUUUAGUACUUAAACAUCUGGUGUCAAAUUGUCAUAACUGUAAUAAAUUUCAAUACAAAGUGAGGUUUGAAAUAGUGCCAGAUUUAGUGAAAGCAAGAGAACUAGUCAUUAAUAAUGGAAAUGUUAUUACACAUUGUUCAAAUUGGAAACAAGUGCUUCAAUCAUUAUUCAGUAACUAUAUAACUAAUGAAGUAAAUGUUUUGAAAAAGCAAGCCCAUCACAUUAUAAAACAUGAUCUCAGAUUGCACAUUUUAAAUCAGAAAGUACAAUCUUAUCUCUUCAAGGAAGGUACUGCUCAUGGAAAAAUAACUAUUGAUAACAUAGACACAGAAGUACAAAAGUUUCCUUUAUGUAUGCAACAUUUGCACUCAAUAUUAAAAGACAGACAUCGUUUAAGUCACUACGCACGCUUGUACUAUAGCCUUUUUCUAAAAGAAAUUGGGAUGAAAUUGGAAGAUUCAAUCGCAUUUUGGAGGCAAGAAUAUUGCAAGCCACAUACAUGUACUUCAAUAUGUUCACAUGAUUGGCAAUCAAAUGAAAAAAAAUUUAUAUAUAGCAUCAGACACAUGUAUGGUUUAGAAGGAUCUCAAAGAAAUUAUAAAACACCUAACUGCAAUCAAAUUUGUACUGGUAUUAGUGGAGUAACAUAUGAAGGUGGUUGUCCUUUCAAAGACUUUGAUGCAGAUACACUUAUAAAUCUUUUACAUAUUUCAUUAACAAAAAAUGAAACAGAAAAACUCAUAAAUAGUACAUCUACUAAAAAUCCAGAAGUUUGUUGCACUGCAUUUCUAAAACUUAUGUGCAAAGACAAUAUUGAUACUGUCAUUACAAAUCCAGUACAAUAUUAUCAAAGAAUGAAUUAAUAUAAAUUUUAAUUUUGAACAAACCUAUAGCAACUUGUACUAUUU